AUGAAAAGGUUGAGAGUUCUCGCGAUCCUGGAGGGCGUCGAGCUCGCCAGCUGGAUAUCCAUGGCUGAUAUAGCAAUAGAGAGAGAAAAGACAACUAUUAGUUAUAAUAGUUCCGUCGUCUCACUGCGGGAAUCCAGCCGGCCUAGCAGCUUGACAACAGCACGGCUGCCGACACUUGGUGAUGCAAUUCCACCUCUUCCUCUCUCAGGCCACGGAGUACACAGCGAGCUGUUAAGUAACUACAACGGCUCCCUCCAAGCCUGCCUAGUCUCAGCGCUAUUCCGGGAUCGCUCGAAACAACCGUCAGAGGCAAAACUUGUCGCCAGGCUCACCUGUAUCCUGAAGCCUAUCAAAUCAGGCCGCACAUCAGAUACAUAG